AUGGAUGACAGUGAAGCAAGAAAAAAGAGAUUGGAAGAGUUGAAACAACAAAGCCUCGAUAUGGAAAAAGAGGCUCAAGAACGUGAGAAACGUGCAGAGGAACGAAAGAGAGCACGUGAAGAACAACUCAAGAUCUUACAGGAACAAGAGAAAAAAGAUGAAGAGGAACGUAUUCGAAAGCGUGAUGAAAGACGUCGACUAAGAGAGGAAGAGGAUAGAAAGUUGAAAGAGGAUCUUGAAAAAUUGGAAUCAGAGAGAAAGAAUCGUUCUCAAUCGUCGACGUCUGAUGGAGCAUCCAUCUCUUCUUCAACUUCAACUUCGGCCACUAAUCUUACAUCAAUGGCUGCUGUCGAUGACGACGAUCCAGAACUUAAAAAGAUUCGUGAAGAAAGAGAAAAGCGUAUGGAGGAAAAGAGAAAACAACGUGAAGAGGCUCAGAAACAAAUCGAAGAACAAGAAAGAAAAUUGGCUGAAGAGAGACAACGAAGAAUGCGUGAACGUGAAAAGAGAGAAGUAAAUGAACCAACUUCUCCUCCAACUGAAAAAGUUGAUACUUUUAAACAAGAUCAAGAUGCUGCUGCUUUGGUAAAAGAAAAGGAAGAACAAGAACGCAUUGCAAAGGAAAAAUCAGACAAGGAAGAGCAAGAUCGUUUGGCCAAGGAAAAAUCAGACAAAGAAGAGCAAGAUCGUUUGGCCAAAGAAAAGGCUGAUAAAGAGGAGCAAGAACGUAUCGCAAAGGAAAAGUCUGAUAAAGAAGAGCAAGAUCGUUUGGCCAAAGAAAAGGCUGAUAAAGAAGAGCAAGAACGUAUUGCAAAGGAAAAAUCGUAUUGCCAAGAAAAAGCAGACAAGGAAGAACAAGAUCGUUUGGAGAAGGAGAGAAUUGCAAAGGAAAAGUCAGACAAAGAAGAACAAGAUCGUAUUGCCAAAGAAAAAUCAGACAAAGAAGAACAAGAUCGUAUUGCCAAAGAAAAAUCAGACAAAGAAGAGCAAGAUCGUUUGGCCAAAGAAAAGUCUGAUAAAGAAGAGCAAGAACGUAUUGCCAAAGAAAAAUCAGAUAAAGAGGAACAAGAUCGUUUAGCAAAAGAAAAGUCAGACAAGGAAGAGCAAGAUCGUUUAGCCAAGGAAAAGGCAGACAAGGAAGAACAAGAUCGUUUGGAGAAGGAGAGAAUUGCAAAGGAAAAGUCAGACAAAGAAGAACAAGAUCGUAUUGCCAAAGAAAAAUCAGACAAGGAGGAACAAGAUCGUUUGGAGAAGGAGAGAGUUGCAAAAGAAAAGUCUGAUAAAGAAGAACAAGAUCGUUUGGCCAAAGAAAAGGCUGAUAGAGAGGAGCAAGAACGUAUCGCAAAGGAAAAGUCUGAUAAAGAGGAGCAAGAUCGUUUGGAGAAGGAGAGAAUUGCAAAGGAAAAGUCUGAUAAAGAAGAGCAAGAUCGUAUUGCCAAAGAAAAAGCAGACAAGGAGGAACAAGAUCGUAUUGCCAAAGAAAAAUCAGACAAGGAGGAACAAGAUCGUUUAGAGAAGGAGAGAAUUGCAAAGGAAAAGUCUGAUAAAGAAGAACAAGAUCGUUUGGAGAAGGAGAGAAUUGCAAAGGAAAAGUCUGAUAAAGAAGAGCAAGAUCGUAUUGCCAAGGAAAAAGCUGCAAAGGAAGAGCAAGAUCGUAUUGCCAAGGAAAAAGCUGCAAAGGAGGAACAAGAUCGUUUAGCAAAAGAAAAAGCAGACAAGGAGGAACAAGAUCGUUUAGAGAAGGAGAGAAUUGCAAAGGAAAAGUCUGAUAAAGAAGAGCAAGAUCGUAUUGCCAAGGAAAAAGCUGCAAAGGAAGAGCAAGACCGUAUUGCCAAAGAAAAGGCUGCAAAGGAGGACGAAGAUCGCAUUGCUAAGGAAAAGGCUGCAAAGGAUGAGCAAGAUCGUAUUGCUAAGGAAAAGGCUGAUAAAGAAGAACAGGAUCGUAUUGCCAAGGAAAAAGCUGCAAAGGAAGAACAAGAUCGUUUGGCCAAAGAAAAAGCUGCCAAGGAAGAACAAGACCGUAUUGCCAAGGAAAAAGCAGACAAAGACGAAAAGGAUCGUAUUGCAAAGGAAAAAGCAGACAAAGAGGAAAGGGAUCGUAUUGCUAAAGAAAAAUUAGCAAAAGAAGAAGAAGAAUCAAAAUCAUCAAAGACAAAAGUUAGUGAUUCAUUUAAAUUACAAAUGGAGAAACAAUUAAAACAACAAUUGGAUCAAAAGAAUAAUCCUCAACCAGCUGUUGUAGUCAAUGAAGAACCAACCUCGUCAUCAGUUUCAUCACCAUCCAAACUUUCAAGUUUGACAAUGGAUAGAGCCAGAAUACAAGGAAGAAAAUUACCAAGCAAAAAUGCAGGCAAGUCAAUCGUGAUUGAUCCAUCCAAAUCAUCUGCUUCAUCUUCUUCAUUUUCUUCUUCUGGACCAUCACUCCUUUCACAAGCACUUGAAGCCAAACAAGAUGAUAAUAGCAAACCAGUCACCCAAGACGAACUCAAGGACCGUAUUAUGAAGCGUAUGGUCAUGCCACCAGGCGCCGGUGGAUUAUUGGGUGGAAUGGCAGCAUUGGCAGCUGAAGCCCAAAAGAAAAAGUUAGAGAAUGACAAGAACAAGGCUGCUAGCAUGAUCAAUGUAUCGUCUUCCUCCUCGCCAAACAACCGAUUAGCAUCGAUCAAGUCAUCGGAAAGUGAAAUCAAUGCACCCAACUUUGUAAAGGGACGUUCGCAAUCAGUGUCAGUCUCGUCAACCAUGAGAGGCGAUCCUAGCAAGUUCCUCGUCCACAAAAAGGCAGUAGACACGUACUCUGGUCUGCGUACACGUCUCAUUCACUGCAAGGGCAAGAAGAGAAUCUUGACCAAGGAGGUUGAGGUGACCACCAAGUCGUUGAACAAGUGCGACGCCUUUGUUUUGGACUGUGGUAUUGAGAAUAGCGGUGUUGGUGGUGAAAGCUCUGAUUCGUCUGCUCAUAGCAACAUCUAUGUGUGGUAUGGAUCAAAGGCAACGGCCAACAAGAAGAGCAAGGCUGUUGCCAUUGCCGAAAUCAUCAAAUCACACGAACGUGGUGGACACGCUACCGUCUACAAGAUUGAUGAGGGUGACAAGGACAAGGACGCCCUCGAAUUCUUUAAGCAGAUCAAGGGUGCCGCCACCGACUCGAUCAAGGAAGAGGGAGGCGACGAUGUUGAGGCCGAAACACACUGGGCCAGCUCAUACACCCUCCUCAAGUACGACCAAGACGCCAAGCACCUCGUCAAUGUCGAGCAACCAGAAGCACAAAAGGGAAUACUCUCACUCGAGCUGCUCGCAUCCGACAGCUACUUUGUUCUCGAUACAGGAUCCGAGUUUUAUGCUUGGUCUGGCCGAAACGCCGAUUUCAUACACAAGGACAGUUUUAUUGAAAAGGCCAAGGAGCGUCUUGCUAGUGGUACACAUCGUCAAUCGUGGGUAGACAUGAUCAUCACCUCUGAAGGUGGUGAACCAGUCAUGUUUCGUGAAAAGUUUGCCGAUUGGCCUGACCUCAGUCACGAGGUGUCAUUGUCGCGUAUGGGUUUUGGAAAGAAACGUCUCUUUGAAGUGGCCAUCCCCUAUGAAAAGAAGUCACCUGCCAAGAUGAAUCAAUUUGAUGUGACGGAAAUGGUGUACAGCGAGUUGCCAGAGGAAGCCGAGGACGAGAGAGCCAUAUCAGAGAGCAGCUUUGAAGUGUGGUACGUUGAAGACAACAAGAUUGUCGAGUUGCCCAAACAAGAGUAUGGACACUUGUACAGUGGAAACUGCUACAUUAUUCGAUACACCUAUUCGCGUUGGAACGCCUUUAGAUUUAUUAUAUUUAUUUGGCAAGGUAUCGAUGCCACACGUAACGACAUUGGUAUGAGCACACUCCUCUCCAAAGACAUGUAUAUAGAAACUAGUAAUCGUGGAGACUGUGUCCAAGAAUGCGUUCGUCAUGGCCGUGAGCCAAGAAUCUUUACGCAAUCCUUUAAUGGCAAGUUUGUCAUGCACCGUGGUGUCAGAGGCGAUGUUGACCUAAAGUCUACACGUCUCUACCACGUGCAUGGCAAAAAGGAUGAUCGUAUCUAUGCCAUCCAAUGCACACGUGUCACCAGCUCGGCACUCAACAGCCGUGACGCAUUCAUCGUCUCGGAUAGCAAGACUACCUACUUGUGGGUGGGACGUGGUGCCACCAAAGCCCUCGUCGAGCAAUCACAAAACCUUGCCAAGAUUGUAGACUCUGGCAACGCAAUCCAGCGAGUCGACGAAGGCAAGGAGAGUGAUGCUUUCUGGAAGAUGUUGGGAGGCAAGCAAAAGUAUGCCGACCAUGAAUUCCUCGUUCAAAGUGUUCAACCUCCCAUUGAAAAGAACCGUAUCCAAAUGUUUGCCGUUGUAAAUACUGGUUCUAUUAUUCGUGCCGAUGAAAUAUUCAAUUUCAAUCAAUACGAUUUCCAAAUCAAUCGUGUAUUCAUCCUCGACACCAAAUCCAAGAUUUUUGUUUGGUCCGGUAGCAAAGCACCAGAAAAGGAAAAGAAACGUGCCAUGGAAAUUGCAAUUGAUUAUCUUCAUGCUCGCAAGGAUGGUAGAAAAGAAGAAGAUGUAUUAUUUAUCAAGGAAAAGGAAGAACCCUUAUCUUUUACAAGUUGUUAUCAUGCUUGGGAUACUUUUAAAUAUUCUUCAUCAUCUUCAAAUGGAGCAGAUCAAGAUGAGCCACCUGAAUCACCAAAGAUUCAAGCCGCAGCAACUUUAUUAAAGAAAUAUUAUCAAAUUGUUUCCUAUGAUGAUUUGACCAAAAAGAGUACACCUCCUGAAAUUGAUCGUUCUGUUUUGGAAAUGUACCUUUCAGAUGAUGAGUUUAUUAAACACCUUGGUGUAACUAAACAAGAAUGGGAAGUCAUGCCAUUAUGGAAGAGAACAGAGAAAAAGAAAACUUCUAAUUUAUUCUAA